ACGACGGGAGGUAUGAGGAAUACUCCGCGGCUAACGAUAGCAAGGUGCACAAAUAGGGAUUUAAUUCACUUUCAGUCUUCACAGACCCUCUAGAGCGCUACAGAAAGCUGCAAGAGGACACAAUUUCGCCUAAACCCUCGGUUUUCCUGCUACAUUCCCACCGAGGAGAGAACGAGAGUCCCGCUAAUCCCGAGAAGAGGGAAGCGGCCUGCUUUUGUAGCCGACUUCCCGGUGCAGCUCAGGCGGCUAGCACUGUCACCAGAGCCCGGUGCUUCCGCAGGUUUAUUUUUCUUUAUAGCAACAGUAGCGUCGGAGCUUCGGGAAAAAAAUUGUUUUAAUAACCACAGCCUGCCCUCCACCCAUUCCCCUUCCUAUCGACGUGCAGCUGUCGGCGUUUCUCUCCAAAGAGGAGCUUUUCGAGCCGGGGCGGCCUGUUUUGUUUUCGAGCCGCCUUGAAUCUCCGCGAACAAUAACACAACCAUAACGAGCCUGCUGGGGCUGCACUGCCGAGCGAAAUAGGAGCCACGGAAGCCUCGGCGUGAGAUAAUAAAUGCAUUGUGUGAUACCAGCUCUGGUAUGGACGUGAAAACCCGGGACGAGCAUGCAUGUGGGCUGACGUUAUGGAUUUAUCGUGGGAAACCACUGCAAACCGGAGCACUUUGUCGAGAAAGCUUCUGUUUGAAUUCCGGAGCUGCUGCUGCUAGCUAACCAGCUGAAAGUAACGUUAAAAGGCCACGGACGGAGGAAAGAGCGCCACACGGUGCUUUGUCUAAUCAUAACUCAAGGAUUGUAUGGAAACAAACCGAACAGACUUGGAUGAACUGACGUUUGUAUGCAUGCUCGGCCUCCUUGUAAAUGCACUAAUAAUCUUUCCGAGCAAAAGCAGCGGCACCGUUCGAGCUGGGACUUCACAUUGAGGAUGGAUUGGAUGUGACUUGGGAUGAGUAGCCUCGAUUGCUCCCUGCGCAGACUGCUUUACAUGUGGGAUUUACCGACGGGGAACUGAAGCCGUUAUAUCCAUCUAUGCUCUCUUCAAAGCCACCAGACUCCUUUGACAAAAACAGAAAUUUUACCUCGCAUAACACGGGAGUUGCAGCCCCGGGACAGGCAGCUGAGAUGAACCCGGUGAAUGCGACCUCUCUCUACGUGUCCGCGAGCCGUUCGGUGCUGCAGUGCGACCCCCGAGACCCCCGGGCCCUCGCGGAGCUCUGCAAGCUGCUGCCGUUUUUCCGCCAGUCCCUGUCCUGCUUGGUCUGCGGUAACCUGCUGCAGGACCCCAUCGCUCCCACCGACUCAUCAUGUCAGCACUACGUCUGUCGAGGCUGUAAAGGUCAGAGGAUGCAGCUGAAGCCGUCCUGUAGUUGGUGUAAGGACUAUUCCCGCUUUGAGGAAAACAGACAGCUCUCCCUGCUUGUCCACUGUUACAGGAAGCUCUGUCUCUACAUCACCCAGUCGCCGCUCGCCCCACACAUAGCCAGUGCCGCCAGCGACUCACCGGACCUCCAGGCUAUCCUCAACGAGGGCCUGACGUUGGCUGAGAGCGAGCCAGAGGCGGAGGACAUUUCUGAUACAGUCGGCCUGUCGCAGACGGCCUCCACCUCUGAGUUGGUCCAGCUUGACGAAGCGCCACCUACGAAGGAGCCCAAGUUGGAGGAGCCGAGUCCCAUCAGUGUAAACGGGCUGCAUGAUUGUAACGGCUUGGUCAGUUCGGACACUCUGCAACCCAUCACCAUAGAAACAGGUGGAGGUGUUGCAAAGCAAGAGGGCUUUUCGGAGGAGAUCCCGGUGUGCGUGAGUGUCACAGGGACCGGGGAGGCAGGGCUUUGUGAUAUCAGCACUUUCGGGGAUGACCUGAAACAUGGCGGGGGGCCGUUGUUGUUGAGUGUUGAGGAGGUGCUCAGGACUCUGGAGACGGACACUGACCCCGAACCCACCCCUGAGCCGAACCCCCAGCCGGACUGCACCUCCUCUGUACAUCAGUCCAGCCUCAACGGGCCUCACUGCCCAUCUGGCCCUGAUUCUUCUCGCCUCAUCCCCUCCCUCCCCCCAGAAAACAGCCCUCGCCCCCUCCAGCCUCACCCGCAGCCCUCACUGCAGCCUCCCCCUCAACCCUCUACAGUCAUCCCACAUGUUCCCCCUCGGUACCACCGCAAGCGGUCCCGCUCAGAAAGUGACAGUGAGAAGUUGCAGCCCCUCCCCAUAUCCAGCCUCUUACGAGGGCCUCCGCUCUGUGCCAACAGUUCCCCCCAUCACCCUAACCCUGGUGCCACUACUAAACAGGAGCCUAAGUUCCCUGCAGCCGCGCCCCAUCCACACCUGGCUCCAGUGCCUAACGGUGGUCCCCCCAAGGUGGGCAAGACUGUGCUCGUCUCCAAUAAGGCACUGAAAAAGACUGUGGAACACCAUGGGGGCCCCAAGAAGGCUUACACCAAGGCCAGGCAAGGGGCCCCUAAGCCCCGUGCACAACCCCGUGACAGAGUACCUCCGCACCCCCAUGCGCACCCCCUGACACACCCACCUAGCCCCUCGAAGCCACUGUAUAAGAAGCCCGUAGAGAAGAAGGGCUGCAAGUGUGGCCGAGCCACACAGAACCCCUCAGUGUUGACCUGUAGGGGGCAGCGCUGCCCCUGUUACUCCAACCGCAAGGCGUGUCAGGACUGUAUCUGCCGCGGCUGCCAGAACUCCUACAUGGCCAACGGAGAGAAGAAGCUGGAGGCCUUCGCCGUGCCAGAGAAAGCUCUGGAACAGACUCGUCUCACGCUGGGCAUCAACCUCACCAGUAUCGCUGCGGCGGCCCUCCGUAGCCCGGCCACCAGCUCCCCCGGCAACACCCUUCUCAACGUCACCACAGCAACAGGGGCCCCCGUCACGGCCACCUUCUUGUCGGGCGCGGGACACGACAACAGGGGCUUUGACGAUUCACUGGAGAUGCGGUUUGACUGCUGAGGUCCCGCCCCUCCUCCGGUCAGUCGUUACGCACAUUCCCCGCCCCGCCAGCUGGGCGGUAUCCAUCCGGGCGUGCCAUGGACCUGCGGCGGCGGAGCCAGAACAAGGCAGCUACAGUGACAGGCGAUAGCGAGGGUCACUGAGGAGACGCCCUCCACCCAUCGCCCGAAACUGCACCAUGCUUGUGGUCUUGCAUUCAGAGGCAGUGUGAAAGAGAAGAAGGAAAAGAAAGAGGAGAUGUAGCGUUACUGUAUGUGCAGAGAUUUCAUUUCAGUGGGGAUAGUUUCUUUUUUUUGUUCUCUACUAUGGGUAAUGUGUAGAGCAUGUUGUGUAGCUAAGUUGGGAGUGUUGACUAUGGUCACACACCUGUCUGUCUGUCUGUGUGUGUGUGUGCGCGUGCAUGUGAGUGUGUAUGUAUGAGGGAAGGGGUUUGGUUUGGAGAUGAACCUUAUUAGCAGGAACAGAGACGACAUCAUCAUCAGAGACUGGUGUAAUUUAUAUAAAAGAAAGAAGUUUUUGUACAUGGACUCAUCAGUUUUCAUUUAUGAAGACAUUUUAUGAUAUUUUUUGUAAGUUACAUUAAAAAAGAAACCAAUGGAAGCUGGUGCAGGGGCAGAGCUGCAUUCAACCAGAAUAUUUUCACACAGGUCAAAGUUAGAUUGUAUUUUGUAAACUCUGUCAAACAGCUAGAAUUAGAGCAUGGAACUGAGUGGAUGACUAUCAAAGACCCCUGAAGAAACGCAACCGUGAGUUCAAAGCAUUUACAAUAAUGCAGUUUUUUGAUAUCUUCUGCUGCAAGAACCAGGAUGUGAAUUUAACACCACCAGCCAAAUGUACGGUUCUGUUCUUCCUGUUGAAUGUUUUUACUGUGUGAGCCCCUGUCAGACGCCCAAACAUUGUUCUAACAUGUUGUCGUGUACUAAAAAAACAUUUAAAACUGAACAAAUUGUGGAGUCAGUCAACCGCUGUGGCUGGUGGAGUGUAAAACUCCUAUCCCUGGUUUGCCGUUCGAUCGGCCGAGGAUGCGAGUCAACCUGUCGGAUCAUCUGCGUGUUCUCGUGUGAAGCACUUUGCUCACUUUUUCUCACUGUCCACGCUCAGCCUAAAACCCCAAACGUUUUUCUUCUCUUCUCACUUGUGUUAAAAACUCUGGUUGAUUGCAGGCCCCGCACACAAGUAUUCACAAGUUUUUGGGUUCUGGAAGCUACACACAUGCUGCUAAAUACCACAAAGGACUCAAGAAGGAGAACACACCUGUUUUCCUCGUCUUCUGUUUUUUGUGUUUUGUCGUUCAUAAGUUGCGUUAACAACAUUUGCAGUAUUUAUUGGACGUCUCCUCACAUAGGUUGCGUGUUGGGCAUCAGUUCGCUCUGACAAGUCUGUCGACCCAGUCUGGACUUCUGUCUCAGUUAAGUUGCUGUCUCCUUCUUAGUGUUAGUUUUCUGGUGUCUCCAAACGGUUUUUGUUCUCCCUCGGGGCAUUUAAAUACCUGUAAUAUAACUGUAACAUAUUUCCACAAAAAGAAAGAAAAUCAAAACUUA